CCUUUGGUUUUUCCAUCUUAUUUGUCGUUAUUGCUUGUAUAAUUUAGCCGGAGAUAAAUGCAAUCCUAUGUUCACCCACGAGUUGAAUCAGCAGCCAUGGAGUUCCAACUUCCAUUUUCAACGAUUGCCAUGGCCGCCAUGUUCACCUUUCUGUUCCUCUACUAUUUUUCAAAGAUAGUAGAGAGUUCUGAGAGGAAAAGAACAGCUCCGGUAGCCGCCGGGGCGUGGCCUGUGAUCGGUCACCUCCAUCUGUUAGGAGGCCCUGAACUACCCCACAAAACCUUGGGGGCGAUGGCCGACAAGUACGGGCCAGUCUUCUUAAUCAAACUCGGUGUGCAACGAGUCUUGAUGCUGAGUAAUUGGGAGAUGGCAAAAGAGUGCUUUACCACCAACGAUAAAGUCUUUGCCAAUCGGCCCAAAUCAAUAGCAGUGGAGGUCCUGGGAUACAACUAUGCCAUGUUCGGCUUUGGCCCAUAUGGCUCCUACUGGCGACAAGUACGCAAGAUAGUCACUACAGGGCUUCUCUCAAACAGACGACUUGAGAUUGUGAAACACGUCUGGAUAUCAGAGGUGAAGGCGUCAAUAAGAGAGCUGUAUGAGUUAUGGAUCAAUAAAAGAAGUGAUUCAAACAUGGUGUUGGUGGAGAUGAAGGAUUGGUUUGGGGACCUAUCCCUCAACAUGGUUCUUAGAAUGCUCUCAGGGGGGCGAGAUUCGAGCAGCAAGGAAGAGAGGAUGCGGUGCCACAAACUGGUGAGGAAUUUUUUCCAAUUGAUGGGUACUUUUUUGGUGUCGGAUGCUCUUCCUCUUUUGAGGUGGUUCGAUUUUGGAGGCUAUGAGAAGGCCAUGAGGAAGACUGCAAAAGAUCUAGACCAUCUACUUGAGAGCUGGUUACAGCAACAUAAAUCAAAGAGAUCAUCUGAGCAGGCGGACGGGAACCAGGAUUUUAUGGAUAUGAUGCUGUCCAUGUUAGAUGACAUGGCUACGGACGAAGAUUUAAAGGGUUUCGAUGCCGAUACCAUUAACAAAGCUACAUGCCUGACGAUUCUGGCAGGGGGCACUGACACUGUUACAGUUAGUUUAAUAUGGGCUCUCUCUUUGCUAUUGAACAAGCCGCAAGUAUUGAAAACGGCUCGAGAGGAGUUGGACUUGCAUGUAGGAAGGGAAAGGCAAGUUGAGGAACGGGACAUGAAAAACCUGGCCUACCUCAAUGCUAUCGUCAAGGAAACCCUGCGUUUGUAUCCAGCUGGUCCACUCACAGCACCACACGAGUCAACGGAGGACUGUCUCGUGGGUGGCUACCAUAUACCAGCUGGCACACGCCUGCUGGCCAAUCUUUGGAAAAUUCAUCGAGACCCAAGUAUAUGGUCAGAUCCAGAUGAGUUCAGGCCAGAGAGAUUUCUCACAACUCAUAAGGACGUUGAUGUCAAGGGUCAACAUUUUGAAUUGAUUCCGUUUGGGAGUGGUAGAAGAAUUUGCCCCGGUAUAUCCUUUGGUCUACAAUUUAUGCAAUUCACACUGGCCAGCUUGAUACAAGGGUUUGAGUUUGCAACCAUGUCCGAUGAACCAGUUGAUAUGACUGAGAGCAUUGGGUUAACCAACCUCAAAGCCACCCCUCUUGAAGUCCUCGUUGCUCCACGCCUGUCAUCUGAUCUUUAUGAAUAAAUGAAGUGUCCAUUCACUGAUAUAUUUGGGUUUCUUUUCCAAGUACUGAUAAAUCUUAUCCCUUCUUGUGGAAGUUCCUCCCAGAUAUCAUCAUGGAUGAUUAGCUGGAAAGUAAGAAAAUGUUAAUUCUCAGUGCAGGACCAACAAACAUAUAUACUUUGAGACCAGCUUUCCAUGUUUGAGAUUAUGUUUGGUUGGUGGUAUUGAGUAAGAUAUUAAUGUUUUUAGAUAUUAUUUUUAAUUA